GCAUAACACGUCCGGUUCACUCCGAUGUUCCUGCUUCACUGCUGCUAGUCCUGGCCGAUGGACGGUGACGGUUUUACCGUGGAUACCGCGCUUCGCGGAAAUCAUGCUGUAGCAGGGCUAUCGCUGCCUGCAGCUAUGACUAAUGACUGUUCGGAAGCUCAAACAAGAAAAUUCCCCAACAUUCCGACGGUCAGUCGAGUGGCGAAGAUGAUAGCCUCCUGCUAGGCUACUCCCAGACUAGCACGGUGGUGUGGCCAAGGAGCAGUGACCGUAUGAUACUAAAGUGGAUAGUAGUGUACGUUUCACCAAACGUGUUUCAGGAAUCGGGGAAUAGUGGAGCAGAUACGCUUAGGUAUAAAAGAUGGAGACCAUCCAAAAGUGUGCCUUCCUGCUCUGGGUCCUUAUGUUUGCUUUAGCAAGAUCGGAGAAUGAGAUAAUGACACUCAGAAGUACAGAGUCAGUGAGCCCUCAGUGCCAUGAGCACACCUCCUUGUCCUGCAACAUCACCUCCCAGGAUGAGCCCACCAUCUUCCUGUUUGCCUGGUUUGCUCCCAAUAAGACAGCUCUGUGUGAGCUAAAGGAGGGGCACCUCAGCACCCAUAACGGAGUGAACUGUGUCGUCAAAGGUCAACAACUGGUCCUGACCAUUCGUCACACAAAACCAAUCCACCAGGGGCAGUAUGUCUGCAAGCUGCGCUCCAAUUUAGGAGUAAAGAGUGCAUUCACACACUUGAAAUUACAAGAGUGCCACCACAGUCUCCAUGUCCACAGCCGUGAUGGAAACUCGACGUGCCGCGCCAGAGGCGUCUACCCAGAGGCCCACAUCCACUGGUUCCAGGGGUCCAAGAACCUGACCGACUCAUCAGUGGCCCACCCCAGCGUACGGGACGAGGACGGCACCUAUGAGAUUGCCAGCACGCUUCUCCACCGACCCCACUCCACUCUGAACUGCUCCCUGUGGAGCCCAAGCUCUGGGAGAUACCUCAGCAGCACAAGGACGCGUGAAGAGAUGACGCCUCCAGAGGGAGUCAGAGGGAGCUCCAGCACUUAUGGAGGAACCAGGACGACUGUGGCCCUUUUUGCAGCAGCACUAAUUCUGUUGUGAAAACUGUAUGCACUGUGCAUUAAAGCGGCAGUUGGCAAGAUUUUUUUUGAUCAUAUUCACAGAAACCAACACUAUGCUCCGACAGAACAACAUAAAUCAGC